AGACAGAAGCUGGUUCAAAUGAAUGCAGCUAAUGCUGAAAUACGGACUGCCGAACAACGCCAUGAACUUCUGGACCUACCAGCUUCCUUGGUCGCACUUGAAGUUCAGAUUCAAAAUGUGGCCGAUGAGCUUGGAAAUGCUGAACUGUUGAAUGUGCGGCGAGGAACAACCGACCGAGUUAAGGCCAUUCUUGGCAUCCAGGUGGCAUUAGGAUUCUUGUAUGAGGCAGCAAUGGAUGUAAUUCAACAGAAGGCAAAUGCCGCAAUCAGAACUGGUACUUGAAUCACCAAUUAACUAUCUUACUUGUUGAAUAUGAUAAUCACAUAAUUAAUUUCAGGGAUUUCAUCCACUCUUAUUCUGAUAUGUUGUACAUUCUAUCACUACAGGUGCAACCCAGCAGCCACGGAAUGAACAACUACGCAAGAAGAAACGUGAUCUUUU